AUGGCGCAGGCGCGUUCCGGGGGCUCCCGCUUCUCCUCCGAGCGCUGAGAGCCGGGCCGGACGGGCGCGCGCGCGCGCGCGGACUGUGCAGACAGGGCGCGCGCCGGACGCGGGCAGCUCGAGGGGUCCCGCGGGGCGGCUGGGGCAGCUGGACUGCACGGCUGACGAGCGGGCGCCGCGAUGGCAGAGGGCAGCGCCGUGUCCGAUCCUCAGCAUGCCGCGCGUCUGCUGCGAGCGCUCAGCUCUUUCCGCGAGGAGUCCCGCUUCUGCGACGCGCACCUGGUCCUCGACGGGGAGGAGAUCCCGGUGCAGAAGAACAUCCUGGCGGCGGCCAGCCCGUACAUCAGGACAAAGUUAAACUAUAACCCUCCAAAAGAUGAUGGAUCAACCUAUAAGAUUGAACUUGAAGGGAUAUCGGUAAUGGUUAUGAGAGAGAUCCUGGAUUACAUCUUCAGUGGGCAGAUCCGGCUGAGCGAAGACACAAUCCAAGAUGUUGUGCAGGCAGCGGACCUGCUCCUGCUGACGGAUCUGAAAACUCUGUGCUGUGAGUUUUUAGAAGGCUGCAUUGCCGCAGAGAACUGCAUCGGUAUCCGCGACUUUGCACUUCAUUACUGCCUGCACCACGUCCAUUACCUGGCCACGGAGUACCUGGAGACUCAUUUCCGAGACGUCAGCAGCACAGAAGAGUUCCUAGAACUCAGUCCACAGAAGCUUAAAGAAGUGAUUUCUCUGGAGAAGUUAAAUGUUGGCAAUGAAAGAUACGUGUUUGAAGCAGUGAUCCGAUGGAUAGCACACGAUACAGAGCUAAGAAAGGUCCACAUGAAGGACGUGAUGUCAGCGCUCUGGGUUUCAGGGUUAGACUCCAGCUACUUACGGGAACAGAUGCUGAACGAACCGUUGGUGCGAGAAAUCGUCAAGGAGUGCAGCAACAUACCGCUGAGUCAGCCGCAGCAGGGGGAGGCCAUGCUGGCGAACUUCAAGCCGCGGGGUUACUCCGAGUGCAUUGUGACUGUGGGUGGAGAAGAGAGAGUUUCCCGGAAACCAACAGCAGCGAUGCGAUGUAUGUGCCCUCUUUAUGACCCUAAUAGGCAGCUUUGGAUUGAACUGGCCCCUUUAAGCAUGCCAAGAAUUAACCACGGAGUUCUCUCAGCAGAGGGAUUCUUGUUUGUAUUUGGGGGCCAAGAUGAAAAUAAGCAGACCCUGAGCUCAGGAGAAAAAUACGACCCAGAUGCAAAUACGUGGACUGCAUUGCCGCCAAUGAAUGAGCCGCGGCAUAAUUUUGGAAUUGUGGAGAUAGAUGGAAUGCUGUACAUUUUAGGAGGAGAAGACGGUGAGAAAGAGCUGAUCUCCAUGGAGUGCUACGACAUUUAUUCUAAAACCUGGACAAAGCAACCUGACCUGACCAUGGUUAGAAAGAUUGGCUGCUAUGCAGCUAUGAAAAAGAAAAUCUAUGCCAUGGGUGGAGGAUCAUAUGGAAAACUCUUCGAAUCUGUGGAAUGUUACGACCCAAGGACCCAGCAGUGGACUGCUAUUUGUCCGCUAAAAGAGAGAAGAUUUGGAGCUGUGGCCUGUGGAGUUGCCAUGGAGCUGUAUGUUUUUGGGGGAGUCAGAAGUCGUGAAGACAUCCAGGGCAGUGAGAUGGUCACUUGCAAGUCUGAAUUCUACCACGAUGAGUUUAAAAGGUGGAUCUACCUUAACGACCAGAAUUUAUGCAUCCCCGCCAGUUCUUCUUUUGUUUAUGGAGCUGUCCCCAUAGGAGCCAGCAUUUAUGUUAUCGGAGAUCUCGAUACAGGUACCAAUUACGACUACGUGCGCGAGUUUAAAAGAAGCACAGGGACGUGGCACCAUACCAAACCGCUCCUCCCGUCCGACCUCCGCCGCACCGGCUGUGCAGCCUUACGUAUUGCAAAUUGCAAGCUUUUCCGCCUGCAGCUCCAGCAAGGCCUGUUCCGUAUCCGUGUUCAUUCACCCUGAAGAGGCGGCAGAGCGGAGGCAGAGCUCCUGACCCAGCGCACCGUAACAUGGCUUUCUGCGAGGGGACCAGAGGUGGCAGCGUAUCUCCGGUGGUUUUACUGUAACGCUUAGAAGCCCGCGCUUCAGCUCCUCUCGGCGAGAACCCGUAACUGUCGAAAAAGCUCCCUUGGAGGAAUCCGUUCCUCCGGGUAGAUGUGUCUGCAGACAAACGGAGUAACUAUCCGGUAGAGGCAAAGGGAAGUGGGAAUCGGGGUCAUGUAAAAUAUCGAAGUUAGCGUACUAAGGUGCAUUCUCCCGGAAGGGGACUCCUUUCCGAGCGACUGCUGUGUUCCAGUACCUGGCUUUGGGAAACAACAGAAAUCCGUAUAUGCAAAUCAACAUAUCCAAACACACCGAGACUGCGUUCCUGCUGCACUUGGAAGGAAAUAUCAUGCCUAACCCUGCCCGACAGAUUCAGGUUUGUGCCUAAGAUGUUAGAUUGGGCCAGGUAGUCUCCACUUACUACUAGUACUGUGUCCUAAGAAUCUUUUUAAAACUAUAUUAUCAUGAAUUGAAACUAAGAUAAAAUUUCUCUCUCAUGACGUUCUAUCUUAGUAAUCUAAAGGCUCGAUAAAUUAAUGAGUCAGGUUGCAGCCCUCGUGCGAGUUUAAAGGCAGUUGCUAGCUUCUGUGUUGACUUAGAUAACGUCAUGCCAUAAUUUCUGGGGUAGUUCUCUCGGAGCUGUGAAGGGUCUCGUGCCGUGCCGUUCGUUCUUCCUGUUCAAUUAACCAGAACCAUUUUGUAAACACGAGGAGAUUAGCAGAGUAAGGGAUGUUACAGAAGAAAGACCCGAGUCAGACAAGUGACCAAGGUCUGCUAUGGCUACAAAAGCUGUCCAGACAAAAUAUAUAGGGAUCAAAAAAACUUCAAUCUGUCUGAAAGCACACAGAGUCUCAUUCACUACUGUUUCGGAUUGAAAACCUGUCUUAGAGCGCGAACCUGCAUUAAGAAUCUAGUCUUUGUAGCAGAAUUUUCUCGAUGCCGUUCACUAGCAAGAGUUUUAGACAAAUUACGUUAUAAGUAAAGUUUGGCUGGUAGAAUAAAACUACCUCAACUUAAUUUCAUUCUGUUCAUAGUAGAGCGAAUUCAUCUCUUCUCUGCUUCUCCACUCCCCCACCUUCCCUUGUCUCCCCAUGCCGCCGCACUUCCCACCACGGGGAGAAAAUCUGUCAUUAGUAGCACUUACCUUGUAAGAUUCUUUGUUUUCCAUUCAAAUGAUGCCACCUUAGUGUGAGAUCAGGGACUUCCAAGUGCUUGAUUACGUCAUAAUUUGAAUUUUAUGUAAUAUCAGGUUUCUAAUCAAUUUAAUACAGAGCUCUUCAAUUUUAAUUGUUUUCUACAGUUUCCACCGCCCUCAGUAAAUGGCUGUAAGAAGCAGUAUUUUGUCUUGAUGAUUAAUAAAUGUAUAAAUGUAUCCUUUGCUUAUACAUUUGAGAAUAGGAGUUUCUUCUAGAAACUUCCUAGAUGGAAUGCUUAUACGCUGUUAACAUGCAUAGGAAACCUCGCUUGUGUUUCCCCCACCGUGAACAGAAAAAAGGGUAACCUCCUAUCUGCAGUUUUUUUUUCUUACACCUGUUAGGAGUCAGUACGAUGCUGUAAACGUUGCUGAAGGAAGACUUGUCGGGGUGGGGGGGCUGUUCUAAAGAAUGUUGUGUUUGGAGAAGUUACUGCUGAAAGAAGGCGUGAGGUGUCUAUCUUCUGUAUCAGAGGCCCGGGGCCAGAUUUGCCACACAUUCACGUAACACAAUCGAAUUCGAUACAUAAAGCAAAGCCGGCCUUUUUCCUCUGAAUUGUGUACCAGUCAGCUGUCGUCCGCACACCGUCCCAGUGAUACCUGGGAUAUCUUCUCAUCAAAGCAAGCUACGCGGCCACUGCAAAGAAAGCAGACUUUCUUUUUUUACAGCUAGAUACUCGUUUUUUAGAGGAAACAAAUUGCUGAAGAAGUGAAUUUUCUUUGGUAAAAUCUCCUGAACAGAACAGAACCUUGGCCUUCAGAAGUUGCAUCUGACAUACAUUAAAGCAGUAACUGAUGUCCUGUGAAAGCCAUGGCAGGCUUUCUCUUAAUUCUUAAUUCUCUUAAUAAGCCAUUCUCUUAAUUUCUGAAGUUUAUAAUUCUUCCCAGUGCACACCAGGCCUCUCCAAGGAGACAAUUCAUCGUUUAGGAGUGAAUGGGUUAUUGCAAUAUUAUUGCAAUAUUAUCAGUGCCUGCAUGACUUAGUCAAUUCAUUUUAUAAAAACAGUUCUUUUUUAGUUUUUUAUUCAGUUCAUUGACACGGUAGCUGCAGAAAUUAGAUAAUGUUUUUUAAAAUAAAUUUGCCACAUAAUAUGGGAUGCAAUAACCAACAAGAACUGCUAAGUGCCAAACUGUUAUUUUCCUAUAUAUAAAUAUAAAAAUAUUCUGCUGAAGGGUAGGAAUAUAUUUAAUUUUAUUAGGCUCCAAAAUUAAUCGUGACUUUUUUGUAAAUGACAGUUACUUCAGUAUUGUGAAAUAAAUUUUAAGUCAUUUCAUGCAGGUUUGUUUUAACAUUCCACUUAUGCCUUGAAACAUCUUUUUCUCGAUAAAUUUUUAAUACUUCUUUUUCCGUAAGGCACUUUUACCAGGCAUAGGUUGGAAUAGGCAGUUGUGGAUAGAUGUUAAAAUUUUAAAUAAAUAUCAUUGGGGGAAGUGCAAUUUAUUUUCAUUAUCCCGCCAACAGAAGGAAACUUGUUUCGGGGUUAGAGUCAGUGAAUAUUUAAAGGAUCUCUCGUAGGCUACAGUCUAAAGUAGGCUUGUUUGUUUGUUUGUUUAACACAUCCAAGUAUAGAUUUUUCAAAGAUAUAAGUGUUUAAUUUAAAAUGAAGUGCUGUUUUGGGGGUUUGUUUUUUGUUUUUCAUUUUGUGUGUGUGUGUGAGUGUGUGUUAGUGCUUCUAUCCUGUGAGAGGGAAAAGUGUGAGGGACAGAGUGUGUGUGUGUGUGUGUGUGUGUGUGUGUGUGUGUUAUGUGACUCGGUAAGUCUGUUUAUACAUGUUUACUUUUGAAAUUGUAGUU